AUGGCCCCCGCUCCAGAAACGGCAUCGAGAGAUUUCAUGAAAGUUGUUGAGGAGCUGUGGGAGAAGUACUUUCCUAUCAGCUAUACUACAGUAAGUGGUUCAGAAACAAAAGAAGCUACAGGUUGUUUCAGGGACACGUUUGGGGAAAGCGCUACGGAUAUUAUCGACAGUGCGAAUCAUGCUGUCAGAAAUUGCUACAAAAUGGUUAUGGUUCCUGGGGCAGUAGAUUGGUGGCUGAACGAUUUCAUUCAAACUCACACUACGGCGCUCUGCAAUCCAAACGCAGGGCAAAUGGAAGAAUGCGCUGCUCUUGUUCCCGUCAGGGUUCUCGAUAAUGAUUCUUCCGAGCUCAAGCCUAACACAGUUGUCGAUGUUUAUGGUUAUUUGUCUAUGCCAAUGGACACAGAUGCAGAACAUAACUGUUCUAAACUUUUCAAUGUACAUGUGCUGCGAAUCAGCGAAGUGACCCACGUUGCUCCGGACUUUACGUAUUCCUCAAACUACCAGCAAUCACUUCGAUCUGAUCUUGUGAAGAAUAUUUCAUCAGUUCUAGGAAGCACUGCGAGUGCAGAGAUUUUCGUGAACUUUCUUAUAUCAACCACGUACUCUCGACCAAAUGGUAGUUCGCCACUAUGCUUUAUGCCUCUAAACAUUGUUGGCGUUGAAGAUUCACAAGCAGUUAAUUCAAUAGUGGAGUUGAUCCAACAUCUGAUGCCGAAGGUCAAACUCCUAACCAUCACUCCUGAUUUGCUUUCACAGAAACGUUUUGCUCCUUUCAAAGAUUAUGUAACUGAUGAUCUGUUACAAGGGGAGUUGCAACUGAGCAAUGGAACAGUUCUUGUUAUUGAUGAGACCCAACUUCCUGGUUCUUCUCCAGUUAGUGGUUUCGUUGAAGAAAAUUUGAAAGUGUUGGAAGACUUGGUUGUUGCUCAGAAGAUGGAAUACAAUUACAGUUUCUAUAAAAUACCGAUGGACGUUGACUACAAUAUUAUGAUUCUCUCUAGAAAAGAAUCAAGGUUGUUCAAGAAAAUACAAAACAGUUUUGUCGCUAUGUGUUCAACACUGAAUGCAACGAUAGACAAGGCAGCCUUUUUAAAUGAAAUGUUGAUCAUGUCGAGGUUAAAUGCAUCUUCGAGUGGGAGUCCAUCUGUCGAGUUCGAGCAUUGGGAACACGCGCUACGAAUCUCUUCAGCGAAUUCAUCUGCAAUGAACUCAUGGCGAUCUCGAUAG